AUGUUUUGGUUAGUCGUAGUAAUAUUUGCGACUAAUACUAUUUUCGAGGAUGCAGUGCCGGUGGCCGCGGUGAUCGACGAUCCAUCAUUCGGCCAUCACAGCGGCUCAGCCGAAGACCGUUUAUAUUUGAAAUACCUGGAAAAACAACUGGAAAAAAUAAUGGAGGGCACGUCCACAGGUCGACCGGCCGUCGUCAGCACGCCCGAUGCGGCGCCGGGAGCCGUGCCACGGAGGUCCGGUCUGUUUUCCGACGGAUUUUUCAUCCAUUACCGCCAGCCGUGUACUAUUGAAAAAAAGCCCGCGGCUCGCCGUCGCGUCACGCAACGCCCGAAAAACGCGACCAGCGACGACAGCAAGUCGUCCACUACUGCCGGCGCCGCGCCAAUCCUUUUCGUCACCGAUGGCGAGUGCGAGUCGGCCAACCCGGGACGGGCGUGCGUAUGUCGCAUGACCGAUCUCCUGGAUUUGGUCGUGCAACGGUUGGACGAGGCGGUGAUGUCGGCGGACGACGACGAAGACGGCCGUGGAGAGACGGCCGCGUUGAAUUGUCGGUCGUUCAAGCCCGUCCCGGCGAAGUUUGUGGUAUAUCCCGCCACGGCGGCAGCCGACGGCGACGGGACGACUGCACCUGCGACCGAUGCCACCGUCGCCGCGGUCCCGGCUGACGCGGCGGUGGUCGAGCGAAAAGGCGGUAAAACCGGCGGCCGUCGGAGCCAGGCUCGAGUCCGUGGUCGGAUCCAGGCCGAAGUCUGUCUGAACCAAGCUCGCAGUGGCGUCGGCGCCGUCGAGGAUGUCGUGAAAACAACUCCCACGUGGAAACAAAUUGAUUUCAAUGACGUCCUCAACUACCGACUGGAAAAGUCUUCAACAGACGAUCACUACGCAGUGCAAUAUGGCCUGGUCGGAAGCGACGCCAAAGUCCAAUGUGUGAUUAACGAUAACGGAACAAAAAUUAAUUCGUUCAAAUGGGACUUUAAACAGGGCAAACAUAAAACUAAUUCUACGGUCACCGGCACAGAUACGAAUAUUUUAUUGAUAUUGGGCAUGGAACCAGGAGAUAGUAAAAAUUACACUUGCAUACCAACAACAGAUGUAGUCGGAAAUUCUAAAAAUGGCUCUUCCUACAAGCAUUACGUUAUAGUAAUGUCCAAGUUGUCGUUGAUCGAAACAAAUUUUGAACCUGAUCACAUGAGUACAAAAAAUUUUGUUUCUUGUUCAUCGGGUUUCGGCAUUCGGGAGGUGUUUUGCGCUGCUUGUCCGCCACACCAUUACAGUCCGGAUAAAUCCAUCGAAUGUUUUAAAUGUGCCAAAGGUUUUCGUCAACCGGUCGCUGGAUCAGAUAAAUGCGUCAAGUGUACAAAUAUUUUUUCAAGUGGCUGUUACGAGUAUGUGAAUGAAGUUUCACCGAUUGUGUAUUAUGUCACCUAUUUAAUUUUUUUUUUGGUUCUUUUAUUUAUGGCGUGUUUCUGUGCGUUUUAUGGCCGUGAAGAGAACGAACAAAGCAUAAAGAUAAUGCCGAGGAAAAUUAAGAAAAUAUUUAAAAAAAAAAAUAAGUACAGUUUGCUUACCCAAAUGGAAGAUACAGCAGAUAGCGGCAGCGUUAUAAGUAAAAGCUAUGGUAAAUUAAAAAACCUAUUAAAGUUUAAGAAAAAGUCAAAAUCUGAAAUAAUCAAUUCAAAAAUAAAAUUCAAUAACGUACACGAAAAUUUUGAUCAACAAAUUCAGAAUAAUCAUGUUACUGAAGAAAAUAGUACGACUAAUUAAUUUUUAAUUUUUGUAUGCAUAAUUAUUUAAUACGUAUUUUAUCCUUAUUAUUGUAUAGUCAAUUCCAUCUAAGAAUGAUUUGUAUCAUUUGUGACAUAAUCCUUUUAUAUUGUAAUAAAAUUUAUUUAGUCUAUGUUCACUGGACCACCAAUAGGUAUGCUGCGCUCGAUGACAUAACUCCAUCCCCUGCAAUUGUACAUUAUGCAAAAUAACUUUUAUAGACAUAACAACUUAUAUAGAGCUUAAAACCAACGUGUUCAUACUAUAAAGUUAUAACAAAUAGCGGCACUCUAUUAUAGUGUGUAUACCAGUGGUGUAAUUUGGUCAUAUUUUUUUUUUUUGGGGGGGGGGAUGUUUUUAUAUUUUACUUAUUCACCCCCCCCCCCCCCAACAAAUUGUAUUUAAUAUUGAUCAUAAUAGCUAUAAGCAUUUCCUUUGAGUACAACAAACGGAUGUACCUACUACCUACGUCAGUGGUUAUUAACCGGUGUUCCGUGGACUUUGUAUAAGUGUUCUGCCAAAAUCUUAAAAUCAGUAAAAAAAAUAUUAAAAAAUGUAUAUAAUUACUGUUGUAUUUUACGACUGUGUUCCGAACUUUGAAAGAGUAGAAAAAUUCAAAUAUUUAGGGGUAAAUAUUAAUGAGAAUGCUGUCAGUCACGAAGAAAUAAGACUAAGACUGGUAGCGGCAAAUAAAUGCUACUUUGGACUAGUACCCCUACUCAAAUCAAAACUGCUAUCAUGGAAAACGAAAAAUAACGUGGUACAAAGUUCUGAUAAGACCGGCAGUACUAUACGCCUGUGGCGCAUGGGCAACAACAAAAACGCAUGAAAAUAGACUAGCUACGUGCCUACGUUUGAACAAAAGGUUCUUAGAAGGAUAUUUGGGCCAAAAAGAAACACUCUAGGGGACUUCUAGUUAAGGACAAACCGAGAAGUAGAAGAACUAUAUGGUGAAACAAAUAUAAUUGGAGUCCUUAAGAGUAGUAGACUGGGAUGAGCUGGACAUGUGUGGAGGUCCGAAGGAUCUAUAGGAUUAACCAGUGGCCACAGGCUGGAAGCCGGACUCAAGAAGGCCGAGAAGACGACCCAGACAGUGGUGGAAAGACAGAUUUAUAAAAGAUGCAUCGAAAUUGGGAAUAAACGACGGAAAAGAACUAGCUUAAGAUAGAGAUAGAUGGACGCAUGUGGUUGUUGCGGCAAUGGACCUAAAUUCAUUAAAGUAAAUUUUUUAGUAUUCAAGUAAAAAUGUCGGAGUGUAGGAUAUUAGUGGAUAUUACCCAAAUUGGUACUGGUUUGUUAAAGAUCCACCGCGGCAAGUGAAAACUUUAUAGCUCCACCAGUCAGGUUUAUUAUUUCCUCACCAUCCAUAAUAAUAAUAAAUACACGGAUUUAGAUUUAUAUUUAUUAUUAGAUUAUUAGAGUUAUUAGAUUCAUAAAUAUCAAUAAAUAAACUCAUUAUUUUGUGUUUAUAUUGUAUACUAUAUGGCGGAGAGAUAACAAACCUAAGUUGCAGCUGUAACUAUAAAGUUGGGCUAUAACAUUUUCACUCAACAAGGCGGGGCUAUAACAAACCAGUACCUCCGAAUUUUUUUCAAGUUAAAAUGUUAUUCGUGUAGGAGAUUACAUUUGGCAUAGACGACAUCUACAGUAAAACUAACGUGGUUUAUUUAUAAUAGAACCCU